UCUCCUUCACUUCCCGUAAACAAAGCAGCAGCUGUCAGUCAGAUUCCUGUGUUUUCGCUUAUUUUCGACACAGUCUCCAGUGUUAUCGACGAUGGCUCACGCCGGAGUGGUCCUGGACAAGGACCAGUUCAACUGCUCGAUAUGUCUGGACGUCCUAAGGGACGCUGUGACCAUCCCGUGCGGACACAGCUACUGCUCGGACUGUAUACAGAACUACUGGGACCAGGACGACUACCUGGGGGUCUUCGUCUGUCCACAGUGCCGGCAGAACUUCAGCCCGAGGCCGCUGCUCGCCAGAAACACCAUGUUGGCCGACGUGGUGGAGAAAUUCAAAAAGACUGGACUCCAGGAGGACACGACGCCUUCAAACCAAAGUUUUGCCGAGGCCGGGGACGUGGAGUGCGACGUCUGCACCGGGAGGAAAAACAAAGCUGUGAAAUCUUGCCUGGUGUGUCUGGCCUCCUACUGCGACGUCCACCUCCAGCCCCACUACGAGUCCGCCGCGUUCAAGAAACACAAGCUGGCGUCGGCCUCCAAAAAGCUCCAAGAGAACAUUUGUGGUCGACACGACAAGCUGCUGGAGGUGUACUGUCGCACCGACAAACAGUGUAUCUGCUAUCUGUGUCUGACUGAUGAGCACAAAGGACACGACACGGUGCUGGCAGAGGCAGAAGUACAGCAGAAACAGAGGCAGCUUGGUGACAUGAAGCAGAGCUCUCAGAUAAGAAUUCAUCAAAGGGAAAAGGAGGCCCAGGAGCUGAGACAAGCCAUUUUCUCUCUCACUCGUUCUGCUCGCGCAGCAGCCGAGGACAGCGACGCCGUCUUCACUGAAUUGAUUCGUUCCAUCGAGGUGAAGCGUUUUGAGGUCAGAGAGCUGAUCAAAGCCCAGGAAAAGAUGGCCGUCAGUCAGGCCGAGCAGCUGCUGGAGAAGAUCCAGAAGGAGAUCGCUGAGCUGAAGAAGAACGAGGCGGAACUGGACAAACUUUCCCACACUGAGGACCACAUCCAUUUCCUUCAGAGUUGUCAGUCCUCCCAUGCUCCACCUGUGCUGUCAGUGUUGCCGUCAGUCACUGUUGACUCCAGCCUCACCUUUGGCCCAGUGAUGACAGCUGUGUCAGACUUUAAAGGACUGUUGCAGGAGGUCUGCCAGGGAGGAUUUGUCUCCAUCUACGAGAGAGUGAGAGACGUAGUCAUUGUAGGUCCUCCAAAUCCGUCCGUACAGCAAGACAAAACACAGCCCAGUGACGGUGAAGAAGGUGUACAAAUGGAAGCACAACUAGCGACCCUCCCACCUGGCCUAGACCAAAGUCCUGUGAACCAUCUCAACCCUUUCCUCCCUCCAGGACCUCCUCUGCCCACGUUUGCCUUCUCACCAUUUGGCUCCAAACUCUCCUCAGGAUCCAGACAGAGACACAUCCAGCGACGCACUCACACCAGGAGGAAAUAGACUUGUAGAGGACAUCGAAAACCAACAUUUCACAUGCACCUGCACGGGCUGAAUGUCAUUAUACCUCAGUGCUUUCUUCUCCGUUUCCUCUUGCAGAUGUGCACUGACACUUAUGAACUGUACAUUUAAUAAUUCACCGCUUGACAUUAAUUUAAUUGUUUCGUUUUCACCAAGUAUGAACAAGAAAUGAAAUGAGGAAACUAUUUGCAAGUGCCACAGGAGACCUCAUUGACACUGCUUACUUAUUGUAUUACGCAGCACAAGGCAGGACUGAACUCACAACAUAUUGCCUUGAGAUUUUAGUUAUUUUUUAACACUGUUAUGCUUUUAUAAUUACUUUGCAUUUUUUAACCAAAAACAGAACAGAACAAUAACUUUGCUUUACAGACAUGUGUAAUAAUAUAUUGUGAUUCGUGACUUGCUGACAUUAAAAAGCAAACACUUGUACAAACUGAA